AAAUAAAGCAAGAUUCAUUCAUCUCUAAAUUUGAACUGUUUCUAACCAUUUGUUCAAGCAAAAAAAAUGGGUAAAAUUCCAUGUCCAUUGCCAUUUCCAUCCAAGCAAAACUCAACAAAUUCUGAUGAAUUUCACCAAAUUUACUCAGAUUCAUCAUUAUCAUCAUCCAGAUCAUCUUCUUCCCUUUACUCACAGCCAAGUUUACCAUCAAUUCCUUCUUUAACUCCACUUUCAACUCAUUCAGAACUUUUAUCAAACACCUUCUGUGCAUCCACUUUUACUGGCCUUUCCUCCUCCGUUUUCUGCCUAUCACUCGCCGGAAAACAUCUCUACACCGGAACUUCCAACGGCGAAGUCCUUCUACGGAACCAAGAGAAAAAUCUCUCCAUAGUAGUAGCUCAAAAACAGAGUAAGAGCUCUGUUAAAUCUAUAGUUAUUUUUGGGGAUAAACUCUUCACUGCUCACCAAGAUCAUAAAAUUCGUGUAUGGAAAAUCGAUGACCACGAUCAUAAUCAAAAUAAUUACAAACGCAUUGCUACUCUACCGACGCUGAAUGAUCGGUGUAUGAGAUUAUUCAGCGCGAAAAACUACGUUGAAGUUCGUAGACAUAAGAAAUGUACAUGGGUUCAUCAUGUUGAUACAGUUUCAGCUUUAGCUAUAUCAUCUGAUAAUACUCUGCUUUACUCUGCUUCAUGGGAUAGAACUUUCAAAAUCUGGAGAAUUUCGGAUUUCAAAUGCCUUGAAUCAGUCUGGAAUGCUCAUGACGAUGCCAUUAACGCCAUUGCUCUGUCGAAAAAUGGGUAUGUUUACACCGGUUCAGCAGACAUGAAGAUCAAAAUAUGGAAGAAAGAACAAGGGGAGAAGAACGUACACACCCUUAUAUCAACACUAGAAAAACACAAAUCAUCUGUAAAUGCUUUAGCUCUUAGUACAGAUGGUUCAAUUUUAUAUUCAGGUGCUUGUGAUAGAUCCAUAAUUGUAUGGGAAAAAGAUAGUGGUGGUGAUAAAAUGGUGGUGAGUGGAGCUUUGAGAGGACAUACUAAGGCCAUAUUGUGUUUAUCUGUGGUGGAUGAUUUGGUAUGCAGUGGAUCAGCAGAUAAAACAGUGAGAAUAUGGAUGAAAGGUAUUGGAAAAAGUUAUUCAUGUUUGGCUGUUUUGGAAGGGCAUAAUGGUCCGGUAAAAUGUUUAACCGCGAGUUCAGAUAAUAGUAAUAGUAAUAGCGAUGAUUUUGGUUGUGGAAAUUCUUAUGUGGUGUAUAGUGGUAGUUUGGAUUGUGAUAUUAAGGUUUGGAAAAUUUGGGUUCCAUAACUAUAGAGUUUUUGUGAUAUCUUUGUCUCUUGUUUAGAGACUUAUAGUCAUACUAAUAUUUUGUUUUUCUUUUUUUUUGUGUGCAUAGAAAUGAGAAAUCUUCAUUUUACCUAAGUUUUUUGAAAAAGAAUAUGGUGAAUGGAUCAAUCAAAAGGACUACAACUAGCCUUUUUUCUAAGCCCUUACAUACCUACUUAACUAGUUUGUGUUGUUUGGUGAUUUUAUCGGUCGACUAGUCUAAAAGAGCGAUUCAAUCGAAGUGAAAGGAGGGUGUGGUAAACCUAUUUGAUGGUAGAGAUGACCUAUUUUGGUAUUAGUUAGUACCAAUUAUUGUAUAAUGUAUCAUAGGGUUGGUAACCAAAUAAAGAUUAUAGCAAUACUAAAGUUUUGUCUUAGAACUA